UUGUUUAUGGUACUUGUCGAAUUUAGACAAAAGUCGAAAAUAAUUUCGAUAUUGUAAAUGUAAACAUAUUCUUAUAAUUUAGAAAUUAUUGUGUAAUGUACUUAUCGUAUAAGGCACAGGGGUACAAUAAUAUUUAAGAAUAAUGAGUUCAAAAAAGGGUAAGCGUAAUUUGGGGAACAAGCAUUUUCCAAUAGCGGAAUCUGUGAGCAUUGCUCUAAAAAUCCAGUUGGAUAAGUUUUUAAGCGAUGAAAAUGAGACAGAGCUCAAGUUUCCGACGUUUUUGUCGGCGCAGGAACGGGGUUUCAUCCAUGAGACUGUUGCCAAGCUGGGUUUGAAGUCGAAAUCGCGCGGGAAAGGUGUAAACCGCUACAUAACAAUAUACAAACGGAUCGGUUCCACAAUAAUUCAGAAUGACGCCAAGCUCAUCCUGGAUUCAAACAUGCGCUGCAGCAUCACGGAGCUGUUCAACACAUUCCCGAUCACCAGCAAAGAGAAGGACGACUUGAGCUGCUGCCCGGAGAAGGAACGGAGCCCCCAGCUGGCUCAUAAGCCUGUUGGGCAGCUGAAUAAUGGGGUUGCUCAAGUACCCAGUACAACAUAUAAUCCAGACUUGGUAAAGUUUAGAGAAAAGUUGCCUGUGUAUGAACAGAGGCAGGAGCUGCUUAAUGCUAUUACCCACAAUCAGGUGAUCAUAGUAGCAGGCGCCACGGGCUGCGGCAAAACCACACAGCUUCCUCAACUAGUGCUAGAGCACUGUCAGCAACACAAGCAGCCCGCGCGCAUCUACUGCACGCAGCCCCGCCGCCUGUCCGCCGUGUCCGUCGCGGAGCGGGUAGCAUAUGAACGCAUGGAGAAGAUCGGACAAAGCAUCGGGUACCAGAUCCGCUUGGAAUCUCGUGUGAGCCCCCGCACCGUGCUCACGUACUGCACCAACGGCCUCCUGCUGCGCACUCUUAUGUGCACCGACACACAGUUGGCGGGAGUGACGCACGUGUUCGUUGACGAGGUGCACGAAAGAGACAAGUUCAGUGACUUCCUGCUCAUCGCGCUGCGGGACGCGCUCCCGCGAUGCAAGGACCUCAAGCUGAUCCUCAUGUCCGCCACCAUGGACACGCAGAUUUUCUCCAGAUAUUUCAACAACUGCCCAGUGAUAACCAUCCCCGGGCGCUUGCACGAGGUGCAGCGGUACUACUUAGAGGACAUCCUGAAACUGACGCAAUACCGCACCAAGAAGAUGGUUCAGGCCGAGAGGGAGCUCAAACAGAAGCUCAAGUCUGGCCAGAGCUACUGGUCACAUCUCGAAGGCCAGAAGCAGCCAGAAGAGACCAACAGCAAGGACAGUAAAGAAGAGAAGGAGGUGGCGCUCGAUCCCACGCUGCAGGCCGACAUGGACGAAUUUCUAGAAGAGUGCUUCAAGGAAGGCAGUUUGGACUCGUUCUGCCAGAUCCUGUACAUGUACCUGUCGGAGGGCGUGCCGGUGGGGUGCGCGCAGGCGGGCAGCGGCCGCACCGGCCUCAUGGCGGCCGCGCGACACGGCCUCACCGACACCGCCCGCCAGAUGCUGCAGAUCGGUGCGGACCCCACAGUAAAAGACAAGAACGGCAAAACCGCUCGAGAUUACGCGCUCGAGGCCGGACACAGCGAGUGCGCCGCGCUGCUCGCCUCCCUCGGCGUCCCCGACGACCCCAAGGACACCGAGGACAACGCCGCCGACAACUUCCUACUCGAUGUCUACCACCACACCGUCUCCGAGGACUUUAUAGACCAUGAUCUCAUGCUGGCCCUCAUUAAACACAUACAUAUCAACCUCCCCAAAGGCAGCAUAUUAGUCUUCUUACCCGGAUACGACGAUAUAGUGACACUUAGGGACUUGGUACAGAAUUGCACGGAGAUGAACGCGCUGAAAUAUCAAAUAUUCACGCUGCACAGUAAUAUGCAGACGCUCGAUCAGAAGAAAGUGUUCAAUCCGCUCCCCAAUGCCAGAAAAAUUAUCAUCUCAACGAACAUAGCGGAGACGUCGAUAACUAUAGAUGAUGUGGUGUAUGUUGUGGAUUCGUGCAAAGUGAAGGAGAAGUACUAUGAAUCUAGUGGUGGAGUGUGUUCUUUGCAGUGUGUGUGGACUUCUCGAGCCGGCUGCCAGCAGCGCGCGGGCCGCGCCGGUCGCACCAAACCCGGACAUUGCUUCCACAUGUGCUCCAAGCGGAGGUUCCAGACCUUGCCGCUCAACUCCAUCCCGGAGAUCUUGAGGGUGCCUCUACAGGAGCUGUGCCUUCAUACGAAGCUGCUAGCCGUUGGAAACACGCCCAUAGCGGACUUUCUAUCAAAAGCAUUGGAGCCCCCAUCGUUCCUGGCUGUAAGAAACGCAGUAACGCUCCUAAAGACCAUCGGAGCACUGACCCCUAUGGAAGAUUUGACGGAAAUCGGGCAGCACCUUCUAGAUCUAACCGUGGAGCCGAAAUUAGGGAAGAUGCUCCUGUACGCCUGCGUCAUGAAGUGCCUCGAUCCGAUCCUGACGAUCGUCUGCAGCCUGGCCAAUAAGGAGCCGUUCCAGAUAUCCAUGAACCCGGAGAAUAGGAAGCGGGGCAGUAUGGCGCGGAAGGAAUUCGCGGCGGACUGUUAUUCCGACCAUAUGGCGUUGCUGAGAGCGUUCCAAGCGUGGCAGAGUGCACGAGCGAACGGCGCGGAACGAGCGUUCUGCGCUAAGAACUUAAUAUGCGGAGCUACCAUGGAGAUGAUCGUAGGCUAUAGAGCGCAACUACUAGCUCAGCUCCGAGCGCUGUGCCUAGUCAAAGCCAGAGGCUCCGGCGACAUUAAAGACGUCAACCUCAACUCUGAGAAAUGGCACGUCGUCAAAGCCGUCCUAGUGAGCGGCCUGUACCCUUCGACGGCCCGCGUCGACCGAGAAUCGGGAACAUUAAGAACUUCAAAGGAAGUGAAAGUGGCCUUCCAUCCGAGCUCGACCUUACAUCGCGGCGACGGCAUCGCGGGCGCGCACAAAUCCGUGCAAAAUCUGCCGACGGAUUGGGUUGUUUUUGAGGAGAUAUCCAGAGCGGGCCGGUUCUGCUUCAUACGCUGCAACACGUUGGUGACACCCCUGACCGUGGCGUUAUUCGGUGGGCCUUUAAGAUUACCGCCCGGGGCUCUGACGCAGCGAGCGAAUCCUCCAGGAUUGUCGAGCGAUUCCGACAGCGAGGCGGACGAGAAUAACUCCUCGCCUGACACUGCAGUGCUAACCCUAGACGACUGGAUGGCGUUCACCGCGGACGCAUCAGACGCUAUAAGCGUCUACUACUUGAGACAGAAGCUCUGCGCGUUGGUUAUCCGUCGCAUGUCGAACCCGGCUAAACCAAUGACGCCUUUAGACGAGCAGAUCCUGAGCACUGUUGUGCACGUUUUAGCGGCUGAGGAGAAAAACGUGGGUCUGAAUCAACCCUCAGGGAUCGGACAGAGGCCUAAGCCGUUGACGGUGGACGCGCCGAACUGGCGGACGAGAGCCGAGGAGGAGCAGUACAGGCACGACGGGAAGUACUACCAGCAGCAGUAUCAGCAGGACUACCAGCAGAACUACUACCAGAACCAGAACGCUUACUACCAAAACCGAAACGGCGUCCGACCCGGCUGGCGCGGCGACACGGCGUCCUACUCGCAGUACUCAGGCCCCAAGAGCCCGCCGGCCGGCAGCGCGCUGCUCGCCAACAUCGAGAAGGCUGGUGCCCGAGCGCGGUACUUCAUAGCACGAGACGAGGGGGACGGCACUAGUAGUGGCCUCCCGUUCGCACCCGCCACGACUGCCAAGCUUAUGAAGGUCAAACAGGAGGGGCAUCAAGUGAUAGUGUUCGUCGCACGCGAGUCGGCGGCGCGGUUCGUGGGCUGCGCCGCGCUCGGCGACAGCGGGCUCGACUGGCUCUGUACACACCACCUGCCCUACCACGCCGUUAGACACGUGUGCAACUCGCUGGCGGGCAACAGCCGCGUGGUGUCGUGCGGCGACGGCGCCGAGCUGUGCGCCGCCGCCGCGCGCGCGCUGCACGCCGCGCUGCUCGCGCGCCGCCGCACACCCCACCCCCACCCCCCGCACCCCCACCCGCACCGCCCGCACAAACACCCGCAGUAACACCACACCACGACCUCCGAGUACAUACAUGUGCCGUGCGGUCGCCCUCGGAUACAUCGGAGCGACCGAGUUACUCGAAAACAUCUGAACGCGUGCUCUACCGCCUCGACGAUAGAGACGAGUUCGGAUGUUUGUAUCUCGACCGCUCCGAUAUACCUGGUAGCGCCCGUACCGUAGACGGUGGGGGACUCCGAAUCGAAGUAUAAAAGUCUGUUGGCCCGAGCCGGCCACCUCCCUUGAAGCGUUCCCUGUCCCCUGUCUUAAUUAGUCGUAAUUCUCUGCUGAGUUACGUCGAUCGUUCCACUAAUUGUGGUCGAUGCAGUAAAAAAAUGUCCUAUAUGAUGUUAUGGUCUACCCCCUCCCCCUCUUCCGUUCGAAUUGAUAUAGAAAAGAAAAACACCCUUAAAUAUAAUUAAAUUAAUAGUAUAAUGAUCCACGACACCUAUCGAUGCGAAAUCAACAAUAGUCUACAUAUCGCUCGGCUCCACCGACAUAUUACGCGACAGCAGUGUUUUCGCUCUAACUACAUAGAUAUAAUCUUUUCUGUCAACUUCUGCCGAUUCCGCGUCGAUAAGUAGUCUUUUAAACCUCCUUAUACAUUUUAUGAAACAUAAACAUGCUUUACAUUAAAAUGUGAAUUUAUAAAAUCUUUCACAUAAAGUUGUUUUACUAAAGUUGCUUAUUCCAAUACUAACCCAAACAAUAUCUUUAAUACUUAUAACAACGAAGAGAUGAUUAUGCACGAAUAAAACAAACAUUUGCGGAAAAACAAUACAAUCCAUCUAAAGAUGAUUUAUUGAAACAAUAUUCAAAAUGUUUUUUAUAUUGUAGACCAGGGGCCCAUUUCUCGACCUAUAUUAGACUAAUAUUAUUAGUCCACGAACUGUCAAAUCGUAUGGGUUGCCAUGACAACACACUAAUAAUAUUAGACUAAUAUCGUUCGAGAAAUGGGCCCCAGGCCCCAUAAUAUAAUAAGUCGUAUAUUUUCAUUUAGUUGAAUAUAUUUAAUUUAAUUGCCUGUAAAAUAAAACUAAUACAUGUAGAAUAUCCCUUUGAAUGAAGAUGCAAUUAUAGGCUCUCUAAUACCAAAUCUUUAGACUGAUUUGUAUAUUUAAAGUUUAAAAAAAAAAUUAAGUAAUAUUUAAAGAAGUUACUUUAAUGUCCAAAUGGAUUCAUUUUAUAUUUACUUGAGAUAUUUAUAAAGUAAAUAUUUUACAUAAGCUAAAAUAAAAUUGUAUGCAUUUCAACAUUAAAUAUUUUCAACACACGACGUUUUUAACACUAAUGUAUACCUACUCAAACAUACUUUUGAAAUCAAGCUAGUCUUAAUUCGAACUUUAUGAAUGGUGUACAAGAUUUAAGCUUGUACAUAUGUAUGUAACAUGUAAAAAACGGCCGUGAACUAGGCUACUUUACUAUUGGUUGUAUAACUUGUAUACUUAUAAAAUGAAUCUAUGAAUAUUUGAAUAAACAAUUUGGUUAGGUUUGGAGUGGCGUUACAGUCGAAAGCUGUCCGCAACGAUAACAUACGUGGAUACGUGAAAGACUACGUAUAAAAAAAUUACACACGUUUUUAUUGUGCCAUUACGCGUAUUCACUUUGUUUUUAUUUCCAUUGAUACGAUAAUGAAAUUGAAAUGGAUCUUGUUCGAUUGGCAUGGAUGGAGACAUAAUAAGUUCUUUAUGGUAUAUGUCUAUAUUAUCAAAAUUGCAACCCCCCGUAUGCUUAGACACGGAUCCGUGCGUGUCAAUGGGGUUGGCCGGUGGAAGUUUUCAGCAGAUGGCGCCAUCAUAGCUUGCCCUGUCAAUCCCUAGAAUUGUCUCAAUUUUUUGUUUUUUUAAUACCCUGGAUGCAAGCUCUUUAACCCCUGGAACGCCGAACCGACAAACGUACUUGUACCCGUCAGAUGCCUAGUGCCGGAUCCGUCCCAUCCCCCUCAACUGCCGGAGGGUCUUCAAUUUUUGUACCCGUCAACUGCCGCGAUCAAAAAAAAGUGAUAUUGUGCAAAUGAUAUAAAACUCUAUUUGUAAGUGUUUAGAUCUCAAAAUUGUAAAAAUAUAAUACAAUAAAUUUGGUGACUGAUAAGGCACAAGGCAGUUGAGACACUUUGUACAGAUCUGGGACUAGGCAGUUGACGGGUACAAAAAUUGAAGACCCUCCGGCAGUUGACAGGACUGGUACGGAUAUGGCACUAGGCGUCCCAAGGGUUAAGCCAAAUCUCAUAGAAAAAGGGGCAAGCUAUGAUGGCGCCAUCUAUGCAAACCUUUGACAGUUGCGAACCCCAUUUAAAUAUAUUGUUUUAACCCGUGGAGCGCCUCAAAAUUUCCGUAGUAUGGAACUCCUAUACUAGUUACUAGACAGUAGGGCGCUCCACGGGUUAAAUAUCAAGGUCACUUUUUCAAUGUUCAAACUUGACAGGCCGCAUACGAGGGCUUAAUUUGAUCGAGAUAGUGCAUAAAAUUGAAUGUGGUAAUAUUUCUUAAGUGUGUUUUUAUUAAGGCGAUUGUAACAAGCUAGAUUACGAGUUAAUAUGAUUGCAAAAAGUAUUAUUGUGUUGGUUGUACUUGACAUAGUUUAUGUAUAGUUGAAUGGCAGACUACUAAUAUAAUAAUAUAGAUCUCUGUUAAGAUUUUAUGGACUGAAGUGUCAGAUCGGGGUGGUGUUCGCUCGAUUGUAAUAAUGAUUCGACCCCAGUAUGUACUUAGAAAAUGUAGAAUCCUGGCAUAAAGCAAGAUAAGAGGUUCAUUUUGAUUUGUUUUACUCUCAGAUAAUGAUAUUGCGGCCAAAAGCCUGGCAUUGUUACUAGCUGACAUAAAAAUAGGUGGAAUAAGCAUUUAACGGUCAAUAGCAAUAGCAGCUAAUAACUGUAAAAGGUUGUCGCGGAUGUAACUUGUAUGUUUGACAAAAUAAUUGUGUUUACUUGACUUAUACCUCUAGGUAUAGAAAGAAACAUGUUCCAUACAAAAGCGGGUCAAAGUAAACAUGGAAUAAGUGAGCUAGCUUUGCGGUCCCCAUCGCCGUAUAUACUAAAAAAAAGACAUUUCAUCUUAACUAAAACUACUUCAUUAAAAAUAAAUGGACGUAGUUUUGGGUGGUAUUCCAUCUGUCCAAUAUCUUGGUCCAAUGUCGUUGCAUCUCACUCUCUCAUUAAGCGUAAUGUGAGACAGAAUACACAUUGGACAGAUGGAAUACGACCCUUAGCGAAAAGGAUCCAUCCUCAAAAAAAUGUCAUAUAAAAAAGUUUUCGUUUUGACAGAAUAUCAAAGUUAUUGACAAUUUUUCCCUAAAUUACUAGAUUUCUCCCCAGUAGUGUGUGACUUAUACAUGUAGGCUGUGAUAUUACUUAUAUCAAUUUAAAACUAUUAAGCCUUAAGUCACUUAAGCUCUUGACGAAUUAGAAGUAGACCCCAAUUUUAUAAUAGGAUUUGCAAUUCGGACCCGAAAUGUAUGAAAUUAUCCGGAUCCGCGGAUCUUCGUGCAUUUUGGAUCCGUCGUGGAAACCCUAUUUUAUAAGUUUGGCUAUAACGACUAAUAACUUUUAUUUGUUUUCGCAACUGGUUGUUAAACAAUUUUAUUCAAAGAUAGAUCUUAUAGCAUUUUAUAUGAAGCAUGCAGUAAGUUUUUCACAUAAUCUUAUUAUAAUUGCAAGUACCUAACUAAUGGCGCACAAUAGAUGUGUAAGAAGUUUAAAGCUAUAUUUAUUACCAGAGCUGUUUUGUAAGUUGUUUUGAUUUCUAAUAAAUGUAAUAAAAAAAUGUUGCAGCCAUA